AUGCCGAUUUUCAUCAGUCAAUGUGAUGCCAUAGCACAUGGAUCUGAUGCUAAUAAAGCUGUAGAAGCCAGGGGACUUUACCAGCAGAUCAGAUCAUUUACAUUUCUCACAACACUUGUGGUUUUUGAUAAAAUCUUAUCAAUCACCAAGGGCAUUUCUGAUGAACUCCAAUCACAAAAUGUUGAUUUGGCAUGUGCUGCUAGCUUAGUUACUGCUUGUGAGGGUAGUUUAGAGGCCUUUCGAUCAGAUCAGAUGUGGGAAAAGCUGUUCAAGUAUGUAUCUGAUAUAUGUGAGCGACAUGACAUUGAAAUUGGAAAGUCUUUGUAUCCACAAAGGAAGAGAAGACCGCCAAGACAGCUGGAUGAUUCUAUAGUGUAUGAGUCAUCUGGUUCUAGAAGUGUACCAGAUUGCAGUAGUCAACUUAAAGUUGAGCUUUUUUUCCCUGUAGUUGAUGCUUUCUUAGUUGAACUGAGAAAGAGGUUUGAUGACAAGAAUAUUAGCAUCAUGAAAGGAAUCCAGGCUUGUCAUCCUCAUUCUAAAUCGUUCUUUUCAUUUUCUGAACUGAAACCACUAGCUGAUGUGUACAACUUGACUGCUUCACAGACUCUGGAGAGUGAACUAGAGGUGGCACGCCGCUUAUUCAUUGACAAAGAGAACUUUACCAAAACAAAUGAUGUAUUCCUUCGAUUAUACCAACUUCGAGAUGCAUUUCCAACUCUCUCUAACUUGGUAAAGAUCGCAAUGACCAUAGCUGUUUCAACUGCUAGUUGUGAAAGGUCUUUCUCUGCACUCAAGCGAAUAAAGACCUACAUUAGAUCUACAAUGGGAGACCAACGUUUGAGUGAUCUAGGUAUCCUUUGUAUUGAAAGAGAUCACUCUAAAAACAUUCCAUUUGAUCAUGUCUUGGAACAGUUCGUGAACAAGGAUCAAAACAGAAGAAUCACGCUAUCUUAA